GGAGAGCAGGGAAAAUAUCACAGGGCGGGAUUUCCUCUUCCUUGUCAAAUUGAAUUCAUAUGGUAACUAACCCGCUGCUAAAUUCACAGACAGCUCUGUUUGCCAACAAUGGAAGAAUAAGAUUCCAAUUUGUUUGUGGCUAACGUUAGCUAACUCGAGGGGUUAGGAGUUUCCAACAGCUGAAGGACAAACCGCUUGAGGUGGUUUAUAACUAACCCAUGGGACACUUCAGUGAUGACUGGUUACUCAACUCUGUGAGAAUUCCGCGGAUGUAAGAGCAACAGACAUCAUCCACCAUCCCACCCACACAAAUCAACAUGACCUCCCAGCAGGCCAACCCUUUGACGGCAUUCAAGAGCCCCGCUGACCUCAGUCCGGACUACUUCUCCUGGGUCCUUCGCCUCCAGAUCAUCAGCCUGGGCUUUGCCUUCUACACUGCCAUUUUCCUCCUCUCCCACCUGGUGUCCACAGCCCUCUCCCAGACCUACCACUCUCUGCUGGCCAAGGAGAAGGUGUUCUGGAACCUGGCGGUCACACGGGCUGUAUUCGGCCUCCAGAGCACGGUGGCAGGCUUACGAGCGCUAACCGAAGACUCGGCCUUGUCAAGGGACAGGAUAAGAGGUCAGGAGGACUGGUCGUGGUUCACCGUGCUCACCGCCACGGGCUUCUUCCUGUUUGAGAAUGUGGAGCUGCAUCUCUCCAGUGUGGUGUUCAGGUCCUUCGACCUCGCUCUGGCUACCCACCAUUUCUUUGCCCUGUCAGGGUUCACUGGGGCCGUGGUCUGGGACUCACUAGGGCAUUACCUGCCCAUGGUCACUCUGCUGCUGGAGAUGAGCACGCCUUUCACCUGCAUCUCUUGGAUGUUACUUAAGGCAGGCUGGGCGAGGACCCUCUUCUGGAAGGCCAACCAAUGGGUGAUGGUCCACAUGUUCCACUGCCGCAUGGUGCUUACCUACUACAUGUGGUGGGUGAGCUGUAGCCACUGGGGGGAGAUGAACAUGUACGUGGCUCUGCCCCAGCGAGUCCUCUUCUACACUGGCCUGGCCCUGCUCACAGUGCUCAUCAACCCCAUCUGGACACACAAGAAGACCAUGCAGCUCCUCAACCCUGUCGACUGGAACUUCAGCAACAAGCCAUUGCCCAGUGGGGAACGGGAAGAGAAACCUCAUGAGAGCUAAACGGAACCAAGGACUGUGAACCUGUUUUGUACAGUUAUGUUUCUUUUACUAUGUUUGUAAAGGAGAGGAAGUGUGAUUCAAAGCGAAAAAUAGUCUAACUCUGGCUUUUAAGUUUGUAACGGAAAGGAAAGGCCAUUUUAAAUACUACUUUCUUACUAACUCUGGCUUUUAGUGUUUGAAGUAUUUUGAGCAUUUCAAGUUUAUCUGAACUACUGUGUUUUUAAGGUUCUCAGUAUAGGUCUGUUGUCUCUACAAGACGUGGGUGAAAGGGCCUUUGACGACAAGAAAUGUCAUAGGUGAACUUAAUUUUAUAGUGGAAAAGUGUUGGCCUGACCCGUAUGCCGUUGGUUAUUCACAGUUUUUGAUAGUGUUGCUUUAUUGAGUGGGAGUGCAGAUGAACAGAGAGAAAGGCAUAUUAUUGUUCUGUCUACUCAGUUCAGCUUCCAGCAGAAAGCUGUGAAUGUGCUAGUUAACCUCUCUGGAAUGGGGUGUUGGCUUGUUUGAAGUGCACUUACGGGUAAAGUGUGUGGUCACUCAAACACUAUGUGCUGAGCACAGACCAGUCCAUGAUGCAGCAGAUUUACUCGCUGAGAACAAACUCAGUGACAGACUGAGAUUGGAGACGGUCACGAUUUGGCAGAUGAGGAAAGUCUUACAGCUUUCGAACGUCAUUGGAAGGCAAGCAACUUCUUUCUGUAUCGUAAAAAAGUAUUUCUGAUUUGCUUCAGAGUAGACUGUAAUGUGUGCUGGUAGUGAUGUGUGCUCUAGUUUAAUCUUUAUCAAUUCAUUUAAUCUUGAGAAAAUGGUUCCUGUAUUCUGUGGAUGUCUGAGUCGUAUCUUUGAUAGUGGGGUUGACUUAAGAGUAUAGACUCCGUGUAGACUCUCUAAACGUGUGACAGUGGAUGCUAAGAGAGCUGUGAGAAGCAGUGCUGUUUUCAGCGGGGGUCACCAAAGGGAGUGGAUAGACUAAUAACAAGCACCACGGUGCAGGCCAAAUGAAUGGUGAUGUCUUCCUUUUGUUACUUAUCAACUCUCUCUACUGUUGAUCUGUCGGAAAAGGAAGUUGGGGGUUCAUUCUUUGAGUAAUCUCUCCUUUGUUUGCUAUCUCCUAGACCUUCU